UCGUUAAAAGGACCAGAAUACAAAUAAUUGAUAGAAAAGAUUUUUUUGUCUGGAAUAAAUAUUAACAGAUAAUCAAUUCUGUUAAAAUAAUUAAAACAUUUACUAAGUUUCAAUUUAAUUAAUAGUAAUAAAAUUGAGUUUUUUUUCUGAAAACCAACAUACAAAAUGGAAUCUGUCGAUAGCAUACAAACCGUUGACCACCAACUAUCGAUUAAUCCACAACCAUUGAAUAUAACAAGUAUUGAUGAUGAUGUCAAGAUAUUAAUUUUUGAAUUUUUGGCAUGGCCGGAUUUAUUGAGUGUAGCUGAAACGAGUAAAACACUGCAUACAGCAGCUUGUGAUGUAUACAAACGAAAAUAUGGCAAAGGACGAUUACAAUUGACUUAUUUUGAUGGAAGUUACAGCUUAGGUUCAGCACCAGAUAUCCUUGUGUGGAAUCACGUGAAGGCAUUAAAAAUUCUGAGAAAUUUUGGACAUGUUGUCUCGGAUAUAUUAUUGCAUAUAGAAUCAACCAAUAAUCACUGUUUCCAUCCCACUUUACUAAUUCACAUUGAAAGUUAUGUGGCAAAAUAUUGUUCAAAAUCAUUGAGACGAUUUAGAUUCGUAAAAUUUCCCAGAUUUUUAUUCAAAGAAAAUCAAAACUCAUUCAUUAAUGUUGAAAGAAUCGAUUUUUCAUAUUGUUUACCUUUAUGUAAUAUUCCAUUCAGUACAAUUUUUCCAAAUUUAAAAUAUAUUCAAUGCUUUUUCCUUCCUUUAAGGUUACAUGGAUCCAUUCCAGUUUCCAUUCCAUCUGUAAAAAAAUUAUCUAUUUACGCAAUAUUGGGUGGUCCAGAUAGAGAUUUAAACCUUGAAAAAAAUUGUAUCGAUGAUCUACUAAAACUCAAUCCACAAAUAGAAGAUUUAGAACUAGCACUGUAUAAUGAAUUCAAAGAGGUUAAUUUUCAGAAUUUUAGGGAAAAUCUGCCAAUGCUUAAGCGUUUUAUUUUACAAAUGUAUUUUAAUGAUAUUGAUCAAUGCUAUCAUUUUGACAGUGUUGUUGAUUUCGAAAUGCGGUCGAUGUCUUAUAUUGAAACAGGGCCCACAAAUAUUCCGUUUACUUUUAGCAAACUUGAGCAUUUCAAAUACGACUGUUGCUUUGACAAAACAAUCGCAUCUUGUAUUUUCGAUUUUUUAACGAAAAAUAAGCACUUAAAAUCAAUUACACUGGACGGAGUGAGAGAUGAAAACAAUACUGCUAUCAAAAAAUUAUUUCAACUAGAAUCUGUGCUGACAAAUAUUGAAGAAUUGAGCAUUCGAAUUGUAGGUGAAAAAAUGACAAGUGAUUUACUUUCGGAACAUAUUCUCAAUUUAUUUUCAAAAAGUCAAUCUCUGAAAAAGUUGAAUCUGACUUGCUAUCGAACAAUCUUGGAUAACUUGAAUGAUUCGGUGAAAUUGAAAAUUGUCAAGCAAAAAGGGCGUUAUUUUAAUGAUGAACUCACAAUAACAUUGCAUCCUCAAAGAUGCAAUUCCAUCUGAAAUUUCCUGUUUUCUUUUUUAAUUUAGUGUAACGAAAAAAAAAAAUCUUAAUUUUUAAAUUUUAUUAGGAAUACUUUGUCACAAAUUUUUCUGUCAUUGGGGAUAAAAAAAUACCUACUAUUUUACUAUGUUUUAUUUUAAAUGAAAAUAAUAAAGAGUGGAAUUAGUUUGGAAGUGUUCUAUCAAUAAAAAAAAAUAUGCAUAAAAUAAAUUUCUAAAGUAGAAAAGAAAUUGUCGUAUUUUAUUUCUAUAAUCGUUAUUCGGAUUUUAUACAAAAGAUCAUCCCGUUAAUAGAAAACACGGGAACAAAAUAUUCUCUAUUAUUUUUUCGUUAAAUUCGAGUGGCAUAAAAACAGAAUUGUUUAUUUAUUCAUGAAGAAAAGUUUAUUGCAUUAGUUCUUUACAGCAAAAUGCAUGGUAGCUUACACUAUAAAAAUUGUGAAUUUAAUGUAUUUUAGCAACCGGCUGAAAGUUAUUAAAUCAAAAAUC